CUGUGCACUGUCACUUAUUCAGCUCGGGGUUCUCCAGGAGACAAUAACCUGUGAUACUGCUGAGAGAGAGAGUGUGUGUGUGUGUGUGUGCAUCAUGGAUGUUCUUGUGCCCUCCAUGCUAGGGGAUCCACACCUAAUGGCUGAGCCGGAGAUCCAGAUCUUCGAGCAGCCCAAGCAGAGGGGGAUGCGCUUCAGGUACAAGUGUGAGGGUCGCUCAGCCGGAAGCAUCCCCGGGGAGAAGAGCUCGGACAACAACAGGACCUACCCGAGUCUGCAGAUCCUGAAUUACUGCGGUAAAGGGAAAGUGCGCGUCUACUUGGUGACCAAGAACGAGCCUUACCGACCACAUCCGCACGACCUGGUGGGGAAAGACUGCAAAGACGGAUUCUACGAGGCUGAGUUUGGUCCAGACCGCAGAGUGAUCGCUUUCCAGAAUCUGGGUAUCCAGUGUGUGAGAAGGAGGGAAGUGAAAGAUGCAAUCGUACAGAGGAUCACCAGAGGGAUCAACCCCUUCAACGUGCCACGUGAGCAGCUGCUGCAGACGGAGGAGUACGACUUAAACGUGGUCCGUCUGUGCAUCCAGGUUAUCCUGCAGGACGAGAACGGCCACUACACCCGCCCGCUCAACCCCAUUGUCACCAACCCCAUCUACGACAACAGGGCCCCAAACACAGCUGAGCUGAGGAUCUGUCGGGUCAACAGGAACAGUGGCAGCGUCAAGGGAGGGGAUGAAAUCUUCUUGCUGUGUGACAAAGUACAGAAAGAUGACAUUGAGGUGCGAUUCUUCUCCUCCGACGGCUGGGAGGCCAAAGGUUCCUUCUCCCAGGCCGACGUUCAUCGCCAAGUAGCCAUCGUCUUCAAGACUCCUUCUUACUAUAACACCUCCAUAAUAGAGUCGGUCACUGUGCACAUGCAGUUGCGCCGACCUUCCGAUCAGGAAGUCAGUGAACCGAUGGAUUUCAGAUAUCUGCCCGACGACAAAGAUCCUUACGGCUACAAUGAGAAGAAGCGCAAGAGAGAGAACUUGAUGAGGAUACCAGGAUUGUCUGGUGGUGCUUUUGCUUGCCUGGCUAUGAACAGGCCAAAAGCAGUGUCACAGAGCACCAUGAAUCACAUGCGGAAAGACCUCAGCAACAUGUACCUGAGGCAACAGCCCACACCUACGAUGCAGCAACAACCUGCUGUGUUCAACCAGUCCUACCAGCCAGGCCCACAAAAUGUGAUGAUGACGUCACAGGCUCCUAAUUCAUGGGCAAAUCCCAACCCAGCACUCUCAAUGGAAACAGUCACCAUAAACCCGUCUGGUGCCAUGAGCAAUCUGUCACGUCCUAAUAGCAGGCAACAGCAGCCAAACCGUGGAACCGGUUACCCCCAGAGAGUGGAGCCCAACAACUUCGACAGUAACAUCCUUCCUCAGCUCUCCAUUAGGGACUUGCAGUGCUUGGAUACAGUCACCCAGGUCCCAGGAAUGAGCCAGUCAGAGUCCCAGCCGCUCUUCCACAUGCAGCACCAAAGGGAGGAGCUCGCCUCUGACACCCGGGCCCAGAACCAUCUUGGCAACCAGAACCAGGGUCUCCAGACUGCGUGGCCCAAUUUCAAUAACCUCAAUCCAAUCCAGAACAACUUUAACGGGUCGGUACCUGGAGGCGGAGGGGGGUCACAAGGGCUGAACUCUUUCCCCUUCCUAGAGGGAAUAAAUGAAGAUGAAGCUUUUGUGAAGGGUCUGGUGGGAAUGUCUCAGACUGGCUUCCAGCUGAAGCAGGAGCCCCAGAUCACAGUGGGACAAGAGAGCCAUGCUCCCCUCAUGCAAUCCCCAAGGGAAAACCAAGGAAAUACUUACAUCAACUUGCUUCCUCGUCCAAUGAGCAAUGGCACCAACAUGGAUCCAAUGAGACAAGAUGCUAGCGGCAACACCCAGGCUCUUAAAAACCUGCAAAAUCCCUACUCAAACAACGGCAUGGCCUCCGACAACCACUUUACAACCUUGGCUGACUGGAUCAAAGCAACUCGGCAAAGUGACUAAAAGAAGUAAAGUUUUUGGUAGCAAGAAAAAAGCAGAAGCAGCUCCGAAGGAACGCUUUGGUCUUGUUUAGCCUUGCAAAGCCAGGAAAUUAUCACCCCUUCUGGCCCAGUAAGGGUCAGUGGGCAUUUGCUUGGGCUAUAACAUUAGUGUACCUUAGCCAAUUGGAUAGAUAGCCGGACAAAAGGCAUUGUUUCUAGACGGUUCGCUUGAUUACAGACUAGUUCCUUCUUUAGCUAAUACAUCACCAAGAAUGAUUCCUUGGCCUGAUUGGCCCAGUGUGCCAUUGGUCUUUGGUAUUAAUCUAGAAAGAAGUUUCUCCUGAAAAUGAUCAAUCCAAUUUGAUUUCUUGAUCAAUUUGACACAAGAAAUAGACAAUGCAGUUUCAGAACCAUUAAUUUCAAGAGCCCCAGUGUAACCCCGACCUUUAAACUGAGGUAUUGUAAGUUGCAUCGACGUUCUGAACACCUGUUUCCAGUUGCAGGUGUUAUGGAACUCGGGGGAUAUCCCCCAUGAUUAGACAGUAAAACUGAGCUCACCUGUGUUCAACUGGCUUCUGCAAGGCUAAGAUGUGUAUGUGGUUCCCAAGCCGAAGUUGAUUUCCGAAAAAGUGAAUGUACUACUUUCUUUCUUUGUCUUUCUCAGGUGAAGUUGGAUUCACUGUCAACAUACUGUAUAGUAAUCAAUGUUUUUAUAAGUUGUUUGAUCUUAAAAAAAACAAGGGUAAAUGGAUUUUACGCAUUUUUGAAAGUACAGCAGAAAAAAAAUUUGCUUUUUAUGACUUUUUAUGACUUUUUAUUGCUAUGUAAACCAUUCCUUCACAUACUGUUUUAUUGAUUUAUUGAUUAGUUUAUUAAGUGCACUCUGUACAUACAUGUUAGCCAUAGUUGAGAGUGAAAGCAACAACCACGCUGAAACACUCAAGAACUGGCAAGGUACUGAAAUUUCCAUUGAGGAAGUGGGAGGAAGCACAUUCAGUGUUGUCUUUCCUUUGUAAUGACUAUGUCAUACCAGUGAUCACAUGUGUUAUUCAGAGUUCUCAGAGUAUUUGUACCAGAUGUUUUUAUAGAGAGAGAUGGAAAUGUUGUGUUUUAUUCAUUCAGCUGAGGCUCUUACCUUCACAGAGCGUCUUGCUCGAGGACACGUGGCUGAUAAUGAACAAACACCGGCUCUUUGUGCCAUCUCUGGCCUAGCCCAUCCCUUUGAUUUUUUACUUGUAUGCCUUUCAAAGCUUUGUGGUUUUAAAUGAAAUUAAAUAUUUUGAUGACUAAUGUGUAAGAUUUGCUAUUUUUGGAUUUUUCUAAAGGAUCAGUUCUUAAUAAACAGACUCUGUCUUAUUCCACA